CAGUGGCCUGAACGCAUUGUCCUCCUUCUUCGAAAGCUGUUUCAAACAAAUUGGGCAAUUCUUUCACACACUACUGCUCAAUAUGUUCGGAUUGCUACAGUCUUUGGCCUCCAUGGCCUCCAUUGCAUACCCUCUUUACCGGACAAUUACACAGUUGACGGCCUUACAAUCGUCCCGCAACAAUGCACUUGCCGCCCUCACGGACACGAUACCGCUCUACAGAAAAGAUGCUGAGUUGUUACAGGAAUCGCUGACCUACUGGAUAGUCCUAGCUUUCUGGUUCUAUUUCACUCAAAUAACGCCAAUUGCCAUCCUUCUUAAAAUAUUGCCCUUAUCUUCUCUCGCCAUCCUAUAUUUCCAAAUUUGGUUGGGGUUCCCUAUCAUACCUCUGGCCAACAACGUGAAAGUUUCAGGAGCUUUCGUCAUUUAUCACUACUAUUAUGAUAACAACAUGAGAAACCUCACGUUCGUAAAGUCGAAAUUCACCUCUGGUUUAGGUAUAUUGGGUGUUUACAUAUGUGAGCUAGUGAAAAGGCUUCCCUCUUCGGAUGUUUUUUUCCGGAUUGCCGGAGUGAAUGUUGACUCAUACGAGAAGUACUUCAAGGAAAUGAGCAGCCCUUCGGAUAAGAGGAGUGCACAAGAGAACAUUGCCUCCGCAGUUUUUGGGAAUGGGAAUGCGGAGUCCAAAAUUGGCGGAAUUUCCCAAUAUUUGACAUCCUUCGUAACAGGCUCCACUUAUUCCAGCACAGUUCCAGAGCCUAGCAGAGGUUUGGCAACUGCCAAUGCUGAGAAUAAACCUCCUCAACAAGCCGCAAAUGAUUAUAUUCGGAACACAGACACUACGUUCAUAUUAUCCUCCUUGUUUGCACCCUUCGGUUACAACUUGGAAGGGGCGCAAGUCGCUGCAUCGGCCUCAUCUUCGUCCUUUGCAUCGGUGGUGUCGCAAAAAGACUCCAAGACACCAUCUCCGACCCGAAGUUUUGAUGAUUUUGCAAUUGUUAGCGAGAAAGAUCUGCUGGAGGGCAGCGACCUGAGUGGACAAAUGUAUAAAGCCAAGAGAGCCAACAAGUCCAAAGAUCGAUUAUCAAGCAAAGGCAACGACUCUCCCUACAACUCAAGCACAUCUUCGUUUGAGCCAAAACGUCAAGCCAGCAACUUGAGUGACGUGGGUACUGUGAUUGAUGAGACGUCUGGACUGCUUGCUCCCGAAUUAUCCAAGCAAUCCUCUACUGUGGGUAAAAAAGCCACCUCUAGAUCAGGAUCUAGGUCGAGUUGGUUCAGAACAUCGUCAAGAGGUUGAUCUGGUUGUUUUUUGUUUCUUGGUUCGCUUCGUUUCUCUUCUUUUCCUGUGACGAUUUAUUCUAAAAUUAUCUUCUUAUCCUAUAUACAAUUACGAUUAUACUAUUUCUUUUUUUUUCCAUUCUUUUCCGUUGCGUUUGAUUUGUUUGAUACUAUUUUACAGACUUAAUAUUUGUUAUCG